AUGGUGCACCUGCUGUCCCACAGCACCGUGAGUCGGAAUGCUGAUGAUCAUCCGGUCAAGGGUAACCUGGUUCAGCUGAGGUGUCACUUCACGUGGGGGCUGCAAAUUAAAGACUCUGAAAUGCCUGAUUUAGAAAACAGGGUCUUGGACCAGAUUGAGUUCCUAGACAGCAAAUACAAUGUGGGAAUACACAACCUACUGGCCUAUGUGAAACACCUGAAGGGCCAGGAUGAGGAAGCCCUGGAGAGCUUGAAAGAGGCUGAAGGCUUAAUCCAGAGAGAGCAUGCUGGCCAAUCAGACGCAAGAAGUGUGGUGACCUGGGGCAACUUUGCCUGGGUGUAUUACCACAUGGGCAGACUGGCAGAAGUCCAGACUCACCUGGACAAGGUGGAGGACACUUGCAAGAAGUUUGCAAAUCUCUUCCGCUAUAGAAUGGAAUGUCCUGAGAUGGACUGUGAGGAAGGAUGGGCCCUGCUGAAGUGUGGAGGAAAGAAUUAUGAACGGGCCAAGGCCUGCUUUGAAAAGGCUCUGGAAGUGCACCCCGAAAACCCUGAGUUCAACACCGGGUAUGCAAUCACUGCCUAUCGCCUGGAUGGCUUUAAAUCAGCAAUAAAAGGUCACAAGGGGUUUUCUUUGCACCCCCAGGCUGUCAGGCUAAAUCCAGAGGAUGCAUAUAUUAAGAUUUUCCUUACCCUGAAGCUUCAGGAUGAAGGACAGGAAGAUGAGGGAGAAAGGUACAUCGAAGAAGCUCUGGACAUCAUGUCCUCACGGACCUAUGUCUUUCGAUAUGCGGCCAAGUUUUACCGAAGAAGAGGCUCUCCAGAUAAAGCUCUUCAGCUCUUAAAAAUGGCCUUACAGACAACACCCACUUCUGCCUUCCUACAUCAUCAGAUAGGGCUUUGGCACAGGGCACAAAUGAUCGGAAUACAGACAGCUACAGACAUGAAGCCUAGAGGGCAGGAUAAAGAAAAGGUAGACAGACUUGUUCAAUUGGCUGUACAUGAAUUUGAAAAAACUUUAACACUAAAGCCCACAUUUGAUUUGUCUUACAUUGACCUGGCUGAAAUGUAUGUAGAAAGAGGGCACCAUGAAAAGGCUGAGGACACUUUUCAGAAAGUGUUAUGCAUGACAAUCAUUGAUGAUUACAUACAGCAAGAGAUUCAUUACCGCUACGGCCGUUUCCAAGAGUAUCACAGGAAAUCUGAAGAUAAAGAAAUCACCCAUUAUUUAAAAGGUCUGAAAACAGAAAAAAUGUCCGAUGCAAGGGAAAAAAUUCUCAAUGUUUUAGAGAAAUUGGCUAAAAGAUGCAUUGACUGCAAUGUACAUGUUGUGGAAAGUUUCAGCCCCCUUGGUCUAGUCCACAAAUUGAAAGCGGACGUGAGUGACGCCCUGCUGUGCUACGAGAGGGCCCUGAGGCUGGCUGCUGACCUAAACCCUAUGUUUUGA